GGCAGCUCGUCAUUGUGAGUGCUCGUCUUUUAGCUUUGUGGCUAGGUUGGUUGGCAGUCGGUUGUUUUCGUGUUAGCCUUCCUGUGGUCUGCCGUCGCUACCGCAUAUUCGGUCGCUAUCUGCACGCACCAUAUAAUACAGAUGGACCAGCAGGACCAGUCCUAUAUGUUUGCAAGUCUCACACGGCCUCACUCGGAGCAGCUGCUGCAGGGUCUCCAGCUCCUGCGGCAGGAUCACGAACUGUGUGACAUUGUUCUCCGAGUGGGUGAUGCCAAGAUCCAUGCCCACAAAGUUGUGUUGGCCAGCAUCAGCCCCUACUUCAAGGCCAUGUUUACAGGUAACCUCUCAGAAAAGGAGACCUCUGAGGUGGAGUUCCAGUGCAUUGAUGAGGCUGCUUUGCAGGCCAUUGUGGAGUAUGCAUACACAGGGACUGUGUUUAUCUCCCAGGAAACAGUUGAAUCCCUGCUGCCGGCUGCCAAUUUACUCCAGGUUAAGCUUGUACUUAAGGAGUGCUGUUCUUUCUUAGAAAGCCAGCUGGAUGCUGGGAACUGCAUAGGGAUCUCCCGCUUCGCAGAGACAUAUGGCUGCCAUGACUUGUGCCUGGCUGCUACUAAGUUUAUCUGUGAGAACUUUGAAGAGGUCUGUCAGACGGAGGAGUUUUUUGAACUAACAAGAGCAGAGCUGGAUGAAAUAGUUUCUAAUGAUUGUCUUAAGGUAGACACGGAGGAGACUGUGUUUUACGCCUUGGAAUCAUGGAUCAAAUAUGACGUAACAGAGAGACAGCAGCAUCUCGCUCAGUUGUUACACUGUGUUCGCCUUCCCCUUCUCAGCGUCAAAUUUCUCACUCGCCUAUAUGAAGCCAACCACCUUAUACGAGACGACCAUGCAUGCAAACACCUGCUCAAUGAGGCCCUUAAAUAUCACUUUAUGCCUGAGCACAGACUUUCUUAUCAGACUGUGUUGUCAGCGAGGCCCAGGUGUGCCCCCAAGGUGUUGCUUGCAGUAGGAGGCAAGGCUGGACUGUUUGCCACAUUAGAAAGCAUGGAAAUGUAUUUCCCUCAGACUGACUCGUGGAUCGGACUGGCCCCUCUUAGUGUCCCCCGGUACGAGUUUGGAGUGGCUGUGCUGGACCACAAAGUGUACGUGGUGGGAGGCAUCGCCACGCACAUGAGGCAGGGCAUCAGCUAUCGGAGGCAUGAGAGCACGGUGGAGGCCUGGGACCCUGAAAGCAACACAUGGUCCUCGGUGGAGCAUAUGGCCGAGUGUCGCAGCACACUUGGGGUGGUGGUCCAGGCUGGAGAGCUGUACGCUUUGGGAGGCUAUGACGGCCAGUACUACCUGCAGUCUGUUGAGAAAUAUGUCCCCAAGCUGAAGGAAUGGCAACCGGUGGCACCCAUGACAAAGUCCCGCAGCUGCUUUGCCACGGCUGUGCUGGAUGGCAUGAUCUAUGCUAUUGGAGGGUAUGGCCCAGCACACAUGAACAGUGUGGAGAGGUACGACCCCAGCAAGGAUGCCUGGGAAAUGGUAGCCCCCAUGGCAGACAAGAGGAUCAACUUUGGUGUCGGUGUCAUGCUCGGCUUCAUAUUUGUGGUGGGUGGGCAUAAUGGAGUGUCCCACCUGUCCAGUAUUGAGAGGUACGACCCCCAUCAAAACCAGUGGACAGCCUGUCGGCCAAUGAACGAACCUCGUACUGGUGUUGGUUCUGCCAUUGUGGACAACUACCUCUAUGUAGUAGGAGGUCACUCCGGGUCGUCUUACCUGAACACUGUCCAGCGCUACGACCCCAUCUCAGACAGCUGGUUGGACUCCAGUGGCAUGAUGUACUGCCGUUGCAAUUUUGGUCUGACUGCCCUUUGACCAAUGGCCCGUUCAGCUAGGACUCAGUAAAGCAAUUUCUGAAAGAAAACUUGUUUUUUUGUUACCUGCUCUCCUGUUUUCCCCACAUUCGUUCUCCAGGAGCAAAUGCACACCUGAAAGAACAUCUGAGCUCUUGCUUGGGUGGCUGGGUGUGCACAAAUAGCUGGCUGGUUGGAUGGAGGGGAUCCCAGUCUUGCUGCAGAGAUGUAAAAGUGUAAAGGUUGUGCAGCAGAGGGAAGGGAGGAAGAUGUCUGGAUGGAUGAUGGCGCAGGCACCUGGAUACGAGUGCUGCUGGACCACUACGAGAACUUCGAGCCAUGUCCCAGGGGGUUGUAGGAAACUUUUGUUACAUUAGCUGACAUUUAUGUCCUCUAUUUUACACGUCAGUACGUUUAAUGCUUAAGAUUUACAGCUGCAUUCAGAACUAUGUUACAGUUUUGUAGAACACUGCAGUUUGCUUGUGUCUUUGUGCGAACCUGUGGUUGUUGGCGUGUAUGCACGGAAGGGUAUGUGCAUGUCGGAUGGAUCCGUUUUUAUUUUAUUUGUUUUUGUUACUUGUCCGCGUGUAGAACUAAUGCUCGAGCGCAGUGAGGCGACGAGUUCUGCAUUCAAAUCAGUGCUUCACAGGAAGAAAACAGAGCAAACUUAGAAACUUUAUAUUUUCCUCAAAGGGCUGCCUUUCUCUUUUGUAAAUAGUAUAAAUUAAAUAUAUAGAUAAAUAUAUCCUCUAGUGCAUUGCCUGUAAAUGUUUAUCUGCACUGGGUCACUAAUGUGUGUGCGAAUGUGGGUGUGAUUUGAUUCACGCGAGAGGGAGGAGUUCUCCCCUUAGUUUGUCGCCUAUGCGUUUCUGCGUCAUCCUCCAUCAUUUCAUAAAAAUGUCAACAAAUUUUAAAGGUCAGGUCAUGCAUGCACUUGUCUCUAUAAUGGUUGAAACGUGUCUCAGCCAAUUUUGUCCACAAUAUUAACUGGUGCUAUAUUUAGGAUUCAGGACUUAGAUGUUUGUCUAGGUUGCUGCACAUGUUCUAGUCAGUGUAUGCUUAAUCUCCAGGUCAUUUUUACAUUUGAUGCUGGGAAUCUGCUUUUUGGGCAUUUAAAUGCACGACAUCCUAAAUGGCCCCUCACCAUGCAAUAAAAUAAGUUUAGAUAAAAAGGGAAAGAAAAUAAAAAAAAAAUUCUCAUAAAGCUGCAUGUUUUAAAAACUGGAAUACCAUCAAAAGAUUAAUUAAAAAAAAAAAAAGGAAAACCUUUAAAAAUUUAUGGAGUUAUUACCCACAGAGUGAUAUAUGUAAAGUGCUUCAGUUAUAUUCAUAAAUAUUUAAUUAUAUUCAUGCAUUCAUUUACACUGUGUUCCAAAUUCACUGAGUGAUAUUUUCUCCAAUUUUCUUAAAUGGUCAAUGCAAAUGAUGGUCAGUAUAAUUUUCAAGUCAAACUGUUACAGAAUAGGAUGAGAAAAAGUAUUCCCUCUGCCCCCCCCAAAAAAAAACCCUCAAAAUGCACUGCUCCAAAUUAUUUUGCACUGCAGAUUUUCUAAACAUUUUCUAGUUUAUAAAGAAUUGCAAACAGUAAUUCUUUGAAUGUGCAGCAUUAAGUGGUCACAUGUACUAAAAUCAAAAGCUGUUUCAAUUAAAAACAUCUUAACAGACCGAGUUACAUGUUAACAUAGGGCCCCUUCUUUGAUAUCAUCUGCACAAUUCUUGCAUCCGUUGAACUUGUGAGUUUGUGGAUAGUUUUUGCUUGAAUUUCUUUGCAGGAUAUCAGAAUAUCUUCCCAGAGUUACUGUUUUGAUAUGAACUGCAUCCCACUCUCAGAUCUUCUGCUUGAGGAAACUCCAGAGGUUCUCAAUAGGGUUGAGGUCAGAGGAGGAUGGUGACCACACCAUGAGUUUCUCUCCUUUUAUGCCCAUAGCAGCCAAUGACACAUUGUUAUUCCUUGCAGCAUGAGAUGGAGGAGAGGCACCAGCAGCUUCUAAUAACUGUUUGCUGCUUUGUAAGGGCAUUUUAACAGCUGCUCUCUUAAUCCGAUGACUUUGCCUAACAGAAACCUUCCUCAUUAUGCCUUUAUCUGUACAAACCCAUCUUUGUUUGGAAUCAACCACAAAUCUUUUCACAGUACGACAAGGCUUCAGUUUUCGUUAAAUAUCUAAUGUUUUCAUACCUUGUCAUACACGGCACUACUCUAUCUGAUGAUUUUCGUCAGUAGAGAGAUCCUUUCUCCCAUAUUGCUUGAAACCUGUGACCUGUUUAACCCUGUGGAACCUCCUUCUAAAGUAGAUUUCCUUUAAUUGAGAUCACCAGACAAACUAAUCCAACCAGCUCUCUGAAAUUAAUUACAGUGUUUGAAAGAGCCCUUACUCACAAUACCAUCUAUAAAUGUAGUAGCACAACAAAAAAAUUAAUCUUUAUGACACUUUAAUCCAAUUUGCAUAAUAAUUUGGAACACAGUGUAGUUUGUAGUAUAUUCAAUCAGUACUUGUUUGAAGGUAAGCCUUCCUGAAAAAUAAAUCUGAAGCUCCAUAAAACUAGCAUAACAAGAAAGCACUAAAAAAUGACCGACCUUUUUCCAUUACAUUUUUCCCUCCACUUUCCAUUAACAUGUUCACACAUAAAGGCAUAGAAACAGCCAGCAUCUUUACCAAUCACCUUUUGUGACUUACUCUUGUGUAGAGGGUCAGUUACUAUCAGGCAAGUCAGCAAUUUUCUGAUGAUUCUUUGAGCCACAACACGUCCUAAAAAAGUUUCUUAUUUCCCAUGACAUUUACUAUGAAUAAACACUUGAAUACAUCACUCUGUAUGUAAUAAAUUUAAAUAACCUUUAUCAUUUAGAAUUAUUGAAAUGAAACACUAAAGUUUUUAAUUGCACCUGUCGGUGUUGUUUCCUUCCAUGUUAUGUGGCUUUUGAAGACAAAGCACCAAAGUUUUUGUGCAAGCCGACUCAGGCCAAGUUGUCCCCAAACCCACCCAUCCUCAAGAGAAAUGCUGCAACAUAUUAAGCAGCAGAGCUCUCCUCUGAUAGGGAGAGCAGGUGUGCGCUGUUUUGCUGAGUCACUGUUCAUUUUUAAGUCUUGUCACUUUAUGUGUGCUGGUGUUUGCACAACUUUUAACCAAGCUCUCUGCAUUGCACUUACCAAAAUAUUUGACACAUAUUGUCAUUUGAUUACCUGUUUUUUUUUUCUUUUCUUUUUUUUUUUAAGCUAAUGGCAUUUAGAUGAUGCAAUAAGACUCGUUUUUUCUCUUUGGACUGAAAAUGUUUUGUGUUUGUCUCUUUAAAAAGCCAAGGCAUCUCACAUUGCUGUAACAGAACCCCACAUGGCAUGUGGACAUUAAUGGAGCAUCUGAGGGAAUCUUUGACCCUUUGUCAUUUUGUUCUUGUAUGGGAUGUGUUCAUUUAGGUUACAGUUUGUCAUAGAUGAUAGGCUGAAGUAAAACAGGUUAGCUUUUACCACAUUGAGGUAGACUACAGACUUUUCCACUUUGCUUUUGUCUUCUGUGAAAUUUUUGUUUGACGAAAAGUUACAAUGUCAUUUACUUUGCAAAUUUGUCCAAUUGUUCCUAAUUAGUUCCUUAAUGUUUGCUUCUACAUAUGUACUUUCCAAUUAAUUGAACUGAAUUUGUAAGCAACCAGUUUGUAAUUCUAUGACAAUGUUUAUAUUUAUCCUUUCAUUAGGCAAGGAUCAAGACGCUAACCUCGAUUAAUGAUUCAUGGUAUUCAAGCAAAAAAAGUUCACAACAAAAAAUGUAUCGAAAUACAAGAGAUUUUCUUUAAAAUGGAAAAGGAGUUAUUCCUACUUUUUUGCUCUUCUAUUUCUUAUAGAGUAGCAGAAGUACAAGAAGCUGAUAUUUAUAUCAUAAUUGGCUGCUUCAUUAUCAGUGUUUGAGAUAGAUUAUGAUUCUUGGCCCAGGGUGCCACUGUGCAAAAGGAUGGCUGAGUACAUGUUCAAAACAGAAUUUGAUAAAAAUCUUAUUUCAGUUGUGUUGGCACAAAAAAGACCACAUACCCCCUGCGUCUAUUUGAACAUGAGUGAUUGAUUCUCCUUCAGUUACCACACAAAGAUUGAGAUUUUUACAAGAAGAAAUUUCUCUUUCUUGUGUGUGAUCCUUCUUUCAGCCAUCGGUAUGGCAGAAUGCAGCAACAAGUAGGGUAGGGGGAAGAUAUACAGGAAAGUUUAGCAUUGUUGAAACUAAAACCUUCUUAAACUCUUAUACAUCUGCAACCAGCCCAUGCCCACUCGUUGUUUUAUCCAGUUUUUAUGGGGUCCAUUGCAAAAUAAGUUUUGUUCAAAUUAAUUUCUGCUGCCAUGAUUGAUUGAGCAUCAAUUUCCUUACAUUUUUGUUUGUUUGUUUAUUCCUGUGGUGAAUGCUGACUGCUAUUGUAAUGCAUUUUGGAAGAAAAA